AUUAAUAAUCAAACCUGCAAAUAUGUCAAAAGUCUUUAUAUAAUUCAUUUUUUGCCACAUAAAAAGAUUUUUUCCCACUAUAUUUAUGAAAUUUUCGUCAACCAGCUUGAAAUGGAUGAACUAUCUUCAUAUUUACCAGAUCAGGUUAGUCUAUAUUAUUACAUAAUACUAGCAGCAUGCGUCCUGGCAGCCCUUUACAUCAAUGAUAUGAUUAGCAAAAUGGACAACUAUAGAGGCUUUGACAAGAAACAGCUUAUCAACUAUGGAUAUGAGAUACAUAACGGUCCAUCUUUAUGGAAAAACUUUUUUACUGAAGCAGGAGGAUGUAAACAAUCUCCCAUAAACCUUAUAAAUCGUUGUGCAAUGUGCGUUCCAUCAGAGCUUAAUCCUUUAAAAUUUUCUGAUGAGUUUGAGCAGCUGCCAUGUGAAAUCAAAAUCUACAACAGUGGAUUAAAUGCGGUUUUAUAUGCCAAAUGGAGUGGCUUUAAGAGGCCGUCUUUAUCUGGAGGACCUUUGGAGUGUGAUACAUUCACUUUCUUAAACUUAAGAUUUCGUUGGGGACCCACUGAUGAUGAAGGGUCAGAACAUAUGAUAGAAACGAAAAGAUUUGCUCUUGAAAUGCAGGUCGCUUUUACAAAGGAUGCCAACAACACCAAAUGUGAUUUGUUUGAGUCUGCUCGAUGUGGAAAUUUGCUAAUGCUGACCUACAUUUUUAUGGUUACCCCUACAGACAAUCCCUAUUUAGAACCUAUAAUUCAAGCCCUCAAUCAUUUAAAGUGUCCGUUGAGCUGCGUGAUGAUUUGUCCAUUUCCUCUUAAAUUACUAACGCCAUCGUUUGCAAAUAACUAUUUUUUUUACGAGGGUUCUUUGACUUUUCCACCAUGUACCGAAGGAGUUAAAUGGAUUGUACAGCCAGAACCUUUGCUCAUAUCCAGCAGACAAGUGAAAAAGUUCCGGAAACUUGGGGCUUGCAAUAUGUGUGCCAUAACGUGCAACUCGCGACCAGUUCAGUCUCACAAUGGCAGAGAAGUAUUAUUUUAUGACUAAAUGAAUAAAAAAUUUAUUUUGCUAAUAAAAGUCAUUGUAUUUUUUAUUUUUAUGUAAAAUUUUAGGAACUCAGUUUAAUUAAAUGUGUGCUUAGUAAAUUU